CCAUGAUCCAAGAUCCCUGGAUUGGGGAACGGUGCCAGUGCCCUGUGUUCCUAUCUCAACACUUAGGACGCUGGCAGUCGCUCGAUCUGGCCACAACAAGCUUGAAGAGCUCGGCGCGGCUAGCGUUCGAUGCCGUGACUGAUGAUCUGACGAUCUUUUUGAUUUUUGAUUUCGCAAAAAGCGCAAUCUACUCCGGGUAGCUUCGAUCGGAGCUGCCGCGCAUCCCUCAUGAGCAGGUAGUCUAUUCAGACUGCCUUUUGCUGGAAGGUGCCGUCUGCCGUUCUGCUCCGCAGGCGGCUUUUGUGACAAAGGGCAGUGUGGAAAGGCAUACCUUGUUCAAAUGACGGGGUGUGUUGUUCGUUCUUUGAUUUUGUUCAGAUCAUCUGAUGGAUGCUACCAGAUCGUGUAGCUUCAGGAGCCAACCUUCCAACCUACCCAAGACGCACGGAAGGAAAAACAUUUGCGCUUCUUGAUGUGCGACUUGGUUGUUCAUUUGUGAGUGGAGGGCUCUGUUCAGAGCCCGGAGAGAGAGAACUUAAUUGGAUCGCAUUUUGCCAUUUCGUUCAGGUGCUACCGCUCUUCUGCGUCGCGCUUUUCAUUCCAGUCCUUGGCAGCAUUUCUGCUGUAUUUGGAGACACGCGGACGCUGAUGACAACCUCAACAAUUCUUCUGGGUAGCUUCUUCAAUCAGACUUCUUUCCUCGUACUGGGUAGUUUGGCGAUCAAUGCUAUCUUUUCAAAGUGUGGCAUUUUGGACCUGCUGAUGUCUAUACUAUUGAGACGCUGGAAGCUGGAGAGCAAGAGUUUCCUGUUAGUCAUCAUGCUGUGCACAAUGACAGCCUGCUCAGUGCUUUGCUCGGGGUUGAUUGUGGUGCUGGCAGCGCUAAAACCGCUCAUGCGUCAAGGUCUUGAAGAAACUGCCAUCAAGCGGCUUCUAUUGGGUGUUGCAUUUUCCGCCAAUGCAGGGUCCAUACUCUUGCCGAUCUCAAGCACUACCACCCUCAUCACGCUGAGCUUGUUGCGCGACUUUGACCACAAGCUUUCCCUCGUCAGCUGGAUUUUCGUGUCGGGGCCCGUGGCCUUGUUUGGAACGGUGCUCUGCUGGUGGAUUUUGGUGAAGCUUUUCCCAGCAGAAGGGGAUGCUAACGAAGAGGUCUACCGAACCGUGGAGGAAGGCCUUGAGGAGGCCGACAGGCCGCAGCUCAUGAGACAAUGGAGUCUGUCGAAUGCACCUAAGCUUGUGAUGACAGAUGGCCACUGGUUUAUGCUGAUGGUCACCUGUGUCGCGGUGCUCGGCAUGACUGUUUUCGCGGAGGCCCUGGAGCCAGUGGUGGGACAUCCAGCAAUCUUGGCACUUGCAGUGGUGGUUGUUGCCUUUGGCAGUGGUUUCAUGUCACGCGAUGAGUACUUGACCCUUGAGUGGGAUUUGUUGGCGAUCGUUGGUGGCACCAAUGUAAUGGCUGUUAUGAUACGAGAAACAGCACUGGCUGCCAACGCGUCAGUGCUACUGACCCAGGGUAUCUUUGAUUUCUUGGCAUUUUGGCCUUUCCUCAUUCUGGUUGUUUGUCUUCUAUUGAUCUUUGGUACCUUUUGUGGGCACUCCUUGACAGCUGUGCUGGUCUUACCUUUACUAGUGCCCUUGGGUGUGAAGUUGGAGGAGGCGGAGUCUUUUGCUUUACUUUGUUGCAUUGCUAUCCCCUUUGGAAUGGGGAUGCCGAGUGCGUCCUUUGAUAACAUGGCCGCACAGAUGUUUUCUCAGAAUCUGAAGCGAAAACGUUGCGAGCUUUCAGUGCGAGACUUUUUUCACAGUGGUGGGCUUAUGGCCCUUACGGGAGGAUUUUUGACUGUGACGUUGGGCUUCGGCGUGAGCUCUUUGCAACAUGGGCUGCCAAAAGUGCCCACUGAUGUGCUCCAGAGGCGAACACCAGCAGAGUUGGAGCCCAAAGUGGUGAAGGAGAAUCGAGUUUUAGAUGGUAAGCAGAAGCGGCCGUUCCUGAAAAUGCUGGGGCAGCUACACGCCUUCGGUACAAACCGGACAAGACCCAGGAAGAGCUAAGUUUGAUGCAAAAAGAUGCAAAAAGGUCCUAUGCAGUACGUUUGUGCAGUUCUUUCUAUUUGUCCGUUUGACAGGGUUUCUAUGUAUUCUUCCAGAUGUCUCCGUUUCUGAGGUCUUGAGCCUCAGAGAUCCAAAUGGUCCAAGACGAGUGGAUCCGCAGGAAGGUGGCGGCUUUCCA